AUGGAAUACAGCGACGGGAAUCGAGUGGAUGGUCUGCUGAGGAUAGAGCUAUCAGCAGAGUUUGAUCACACUGCUAAACGUCUGCGUACCCGCAUAGAAGCAUAUCGAAAUUCAACAAGAAGGGAUCCCAACUUCCUGGCUCUGCUUACAGAAUUCGAUAACAACCUCACAGUGUGCCUAACGUGUGUUUCCAGCUCCCCCAUGCCAUUGCGAGAUAUUUGUCGAGGGGUUGCCGAACUGCAGCGAAGUUGGCUGUAUCUGGUGGCGGUCUUGGAUUAUUUGGAGAUUUACAGGAGUCGCACAUUGGGAAUGCAUGAACGAGGCAAUGCUGAGGUCGAGAACCGCAUUGGCGCGUUUGUUUGGAACGAUCACGAUGCGUUGGAAUUAUGGAAUGCUGGGCUUCCCAUCUAUUUUGUGCGACCUUACAGCACAUUUCAUAAUCAAGUUAUCCUCACUGUGAAGCCCUUGAUUAUGCCACGUCUUUGUGUAACAGCUGCAUCUCCUCCGUAUCCCAUUCUUCUUUCAAACUCUCAGGUGGGUUCCGACCAAAAAUUUGCUGCCAUACACACCGCCUCGAUAUCUUGCUUCGACGUCUCCAGUCCGUUCGAGAACAUGCACCUUCCUGGGCUUUACUCGUCGUCUUACACCCCCGGUGGAUCAAUAGGUUCAAUUGUAUCCACAACCCGCUCUUCACCUUCAACGUCUCUGGCCGGCCCUUCUCGAACAACAUCUACUACUUCUCCGUCGUCGCCCUACUCAACGAAACUGGAACAUUGCCAGCGCGGAAAAAAACACCGGAUCAAUCCACCCCAAACCCCGCAUAGCCUCUUUUCAGACCUAUCGCAUCCAUUGCUCCCUCCCUUGUUGACACCUUGGCGUGACAUGAACUCCAUGAUUGACACCCAACACCCCCUGAGACAGCACUCUCCAGGGAAGUCUCAAAAACUGUUGACAAUAGUUCCAGACCCAGCUAUGAUCUGCGGGAGCUCAGAAGAUCGAUUGGGACCGCUACUCGAGCAAUGGUCACAAUUGCGAGGCCCAUGGUUGACUCAGUGUCGAGACCGUAAUGUGCAGGUGGAACCGAAGUCGAAUGCUGUUUGGAAAAAGGCUCUCAGCAUCCACUUCAUUGGCACUUGGCCUGAAGGGAAGACUCCAAAGACGAACGCAGAUCAUGACCACCAUGAAGCAUCCAGGCUGGUGUCAACUCUACUUCCCUCUCAUCAACCUCUACCCAAUCUUCCACCGAGUUCUUCUGACGCCUCGAGGUCACGGCACUUGUUACACGAACUCAGCUUGAUCAACUUCCGCUACCAGGUCAUCGCUCUUGAUUUGGUAGCGGAUCAGAGUGUACCGAAAGCUUCGCCCUCGCUCUCCCAAGCCGAACUAAUGGUGGCGUUGGCAAAUCAUAGUCGAAGUCGAGGGCAACUCAUCGAUAGGAUCUUUGGUAAUGCGGGUGACAUAUUCAGUGUCAGCCAAGCUCUUUUUGUGAAUGGAUUUGCAGCUGAGAAGUGGUCUGACCGUGUCGAUGCUCUCCGUGCGUUCGCGUCGUUGAUGCAUUCCUGGCAAGGAGAUAAAAGUUCAAUAUGGAAUAGGAGAGAUGACCCCAAUCUCCCGGUGCUCCUUGCUCCUGGAUCAGAGUGGGAGAAUGUUUUGAUUAAAUUCUUUGUACAGGCAUACUUUAACCACUUUGGCCACCCUCCAAUCCUACCCAGAGGCUGCUUGUAG